AUGGCAACAGGAGCUGUCCAGGCUUCGUUUACAGUUCUUAAAAGCAGGGAUCAAAAGGGCACCAGCAUCGUGAAAAAUUCCGAUUUCAUUCGAUUCUCUAACCUGCAAAGGGUUAAAUUUCGACGGACUAAGGUUGCUUUGAUCAGGAACUCGGCAAAUCCCGGUUCAGAUACUGUUGAGCUCGAGCCUGCAUCAGAUGGAAGUCCACUGUUAGUUCCUAGACAGAAAUACUGUGAGUCGAUACACAAAACGGUGAGGAGAAAAACGCGCACAGUUAUGGUUGGAAAUGUGGCUCUUGGUAGCGAGCAUCCAAUCAGAAUUCAGACAAUGACAACAACAGAUACUAAGGACGUAGCCGCGACAGUCGAUCAGGUGAUGAGGAUAGCAGAUCAAGGAGCUGAUAUUGUGAGGAUAACUGUACAAGGAAGGAAAGAAGCAGAUGCGUGUUUCGAAAUAAAAAAUUCUCUUGUUCAGAAGAACUAUAACAUUCCUCUGGUUGCGGAUAUUCAUUUCGCCCCACCUAUUGCGUUACGAAUUUCUGAAUGCUUUGAUAAAAUUCGUGUCAACCCGGGGAAUUUCGCUGACAGGAGAGCGCAAUUCGAGACGCUUGAGUACACAGAAGAAGAUUAUCAAAAAGAACUCGAGCACAUUGAACAGGUUUUCACUCCGUUGGUCGAAAAAUGCAAAAAGUACGGCCGAGCAAUGCGAAUAGGGACAAACCACGGUAGCCUUUCCGAUCGAAUUAUGAGCUAUUAUGGUGAUUCACCAAGAGGAAUGGUCGAAUCUGCAUUUGAGUAUGCUCGGAUUUGUCGCAAGCUCGAUUUCCAUAAUUUCGUGUUCUCAAUGAAAGCGAGCAACCCUGUGAUUAUGGUCCAAGCAUACCGCCUUUUGGUAGCUGAAAUGAAUGUGCUGGGAUGGGAUUACCCGUUACACUUAGGAGUUACCGAAGCCGGUGAAGGUGAAGACGGGCGAAUGAAAUCUGCUAUUGGUAUUGGGACUCUUCUCAUGGAUGGUUUGGGUGAUACGAUACGAGUGUCCCUAACUGAGGCUCCGGAAGAAGAGAUUGAUCCGUGUAGAAGAUUGGCGAACCUUGGAAUGAGAGCAGCCGAGCUUCAGAAGGGAGUGGCACCAUUUGAAGAGAAGAACAGGCGCUACUUUGAUUUCCAGCGUAGGAGCGGUCAAUUGCCACUUCAAAAGGAGGGUGAGGAAGUUGAUUAUCGAGGUGUACUUCAUCGUGAUGGCUCGGUAUUGAUGUCGGUUUCUCUUGAUCAAUUAAAGGCCCCUGAAUUUCUAUACAAGUCUCUAGCUGCAAAACUUGUAGUUGGAAUGCCAUUUAAGGAUCUAGCAACCGUGGACUCGAUCUUAUUGAGGGAGCUUCCACCAGAAAACGAUAAAGAUGCUAGAUUAGCCCUCAAACGGUUGAUAGACAUCAGCAUGGGAAUUAUCACUCCUUUAUCCGAGCAGCUCACUAAGCCUUUGCCCAAUGCACUCGUUUUAGUGACUCUUAAUGAGCUGUCUACUGGUGCUCACAAGCUUCUUCCCGAAGGUACUCGUCUGGUAGUCUCUGUACGUGGUGACGAGCCUCACGAGGACCUGAAAAUUCUGAAAAGCAAUGAUGUAGUUAUGAUUCUUCACGACGUGCCAUAUACAGAAGAGAAUAUUAGCAGAGUUCAUGCUGCAAGAAGGCUUUUCGAGUAUCUUUCAGAGAAUGCCUUAGACUUUCCAGUUAUUCAUCACAUACAAUUUCCUAAGCAAACUCACAGGGACGAUUUAGUCAUUGGUGCCGGGACCAAUGCAGGAGCUCUUUUAGUCGAUGGACUUGGAGAUGGUAUCCUAUUGGAUGCCCCAGAUCAAGACUUUGAAUUCCUCAGAAAUACGUCUUUCAAUUUGCUGCAAGGCUGCAGAAUGAGAAAUACGAAGACGGAAUAUGUGUCGUGCCCUUCGUGUGGAAGAACUUUGUUCGAUCUUCAAGAGAUUAGUGCUGAAAUUAGAGAAAAGACUUCUCAUUUGCCUGGUGUUUCGAUUGCUAUUAUGGGUUGCAUUGUGAAUGGACCGGGAGAAAUGGCCGAUGCUGAUUUCGGUUAUGUUGGUGGUGCUCCUGGCAAAAUUGACCUUUAUGUUGGCAAGACGGUGGUGCAAAGAGGCAUUGCCAUGGAACAUGCGACCGAUGCUUUGAUUCAGCUAAUCAAAGAUCACGGCCGUUGGGUAGACCCGCCCGUCGAAGAGUGA